UGUCUUACAGCCUGCACGCUGAUUCGCGAAUCCAACUUGGUGAGCCUUGCUGUCGAUCCAAAUCAUCCCGAUCGCAAGCCAUCCCAGCCACCGAAUAAACAGCCCACCAUCCAAGCGUUCCGCCCCAUCAUCUCGUCUUUUCUUUUCAUUUCUUGUUUUCUAGCACUUCUUUCUACAAUAUCCUCAUUCUAUCCUUCAGAUUUAUCGUCCGUGUCUAUCUUAUUGACCCCUCGAUGAACCACCACCUCCGCACACUACUGCCACUAGGAAUCCUCCCCGCCUCCACCUCCACCUCCACCAAAACACCAUGACACCAAUCCCGAUCCCGCGAUCAAUACGAAUACCCAACAUCAACAUCAACGUCAACCAACUCCUCCACCCCCCUCCUCAUCAACAAACCACCCACACCAACAACCCCUCACCACCUAUCCCAAACCCGCACCCCCAUAAACGCUCCUCCGUCUUCAUCCCCGCAACCUACAACUCCAACGGCCUCUCGCCCGGCGCCGUCGCCGGCGUCGUCAUCGGCAGUGUCCUCGGCUUCAUCUUCCUCCUAUACCUAAUUUUCCUGGCUCUCGGCUCCGGCCGCAGAUUCUCCAGCGAACCCAGCACGGAAGCCGGAACGGAAACCAUGUCGGAGAUUGUCGUGGAAGAAGAAGAGCACCCGCGCCGACCACCGCGACGUCGGCGACGUGAAAUCGUCGAGGAAGUUAUCGAGAGCGGCGGGAGUCGGAGGAGUCGGAGAUCAAGACGUGGAGGAAGGGGAGAUCAGCGGAUUGUGGUAGAGGAGUCGGUGACGUCGCCGGAUCGGUCGGAUGUGAUAGAGGUGUUGGAGGAGCGUUCUAGUGUGGAGGGGCCGGAGAGGAGAAGGAGGCGCAGUCGACCGGGACAUUAUCGGGCUGUUGAUCCGGAUAGGUAUGGGGGGAUUACGGAGGAUGAGAGUUUGGCGUCGUGAGUUGAUUGGUUUGUGAGGUUGAGAGGGAUGGAGUGAUUGAUUGGUAUUGAUUGUUGGUUGUAAUGAUUGGUUUGACUUGAUGAUUUGAUACCCUGCUGCCUGUUUCUAUGAUUAGAACGAGAUGACGAUAAUGAGGAUAUUACCGCGCUAUCCAA